AUGGAUAAGCUUAUUCAAAUAAACGGAACUUAUAAUCUAGUGAUUUGUCUUGAGUGCAAACGUGCAUUAACGCCGGGCAAUGGAGCAAUCGAUCAUCUGCGAAACAAGCAUCAAGCUUCAGGUACUAUUCUACAGAGUAUCAAAGACUGCUUGGCUUUAGGACAGGCGAACGAUCCAAAGACCAUCCAACUACCGGAAAAUGGUGGGCCACGGCAACCAGUAAUCCCGGUUGAGGAUGGGUUCAAGUGCAGAGCAUGCCCGUUCAUCACCACGUCUGAAAAAAUAGCCAACACCCACUGGAGAAGUGCAGCGCAUAAGCUAGAAGGUCGUCGUUACCCGCAAGUCCGUGUUCAGUCAUGGAUGAGUGGAAAAUUCGCAAGAUACUGGACAGUGGGCAGUACAGGGUAUGACCCGGCCAUUGAUAUUGACGCACGGGAUAAAGCAGGCAACGAGAGAAGUCUAAGCAUGCUAGAGCGAAACCUGCGGACGGGAGUGAAGCGAAUGCAUGAGUCCAACGAGCAGUGGCAGCGGGCCGGACAGGCGCAACGAGGUGCAGACUACGACAACGAGUUCGUCAAGGACAUGCGUUGGGUCGAGUUUACCGAAGGAAAGGAUCGGGCUGCGAUUGCGGCAGCCACGAGAUGGGUUAAUGCCAAGGCGAUGAACGAGUCCGCGCAAGAAGCACAGCAAGAAGCUGCUGAGCAGACGACGCGACUUACGAUGCUCUGCGACAGUGUCAAGCGUGAAAUCAAGCGAUGCGAGCCACGCAUAUAUGCCGUUCCCAAGCCCAUCCGACAACGGCUACACGGGAUUGAAGAAGGCAAAAGCAACCCGAUACCGUUCAAGAUGAGCGACGAUCCCGAUACGCUACGAAAAUACGGCAUCGUAUGCCAACGAUAUAUUUGUUUCUGCUGGCGAGCGUACCGACUUGGAAGUGAAGAGGUAGCAAACAAGCUUGGGAUGCGGUUCACGGAUGAGCAAUGGGGCUUGCUAUGCGACAUGAAUCACGCAUUAAGAGGCAUUGACGAUGGUGAAUCCCACAGCAGCGAAGGCUAA